UAUUGUGACAAUUUUGCCCGCUUAUUUUUUGUUUAAUAUUUGAUUAAUUAAGAUAAUGAAUAAUAAACCACGAGGUCGAAGUAAUAAGCGGCAAAAAUUAUCAUGUGCUAGACCGGUGAUCAAUUCAGCUGAACAUUUACUUUGGGAAGAAUUCAAUCACGAAGAUGAUGGUGAUGUAUUCGAAUUCGAUGAUGAAAUCGAUGUAAACAAUGACAGCAGAGCGGAUAAAUCAUACGAUGUCAAAGAUAUCUAUCAUGAUUAUCUACAUACGAAACGAUUAAAAUUUGAUGAUUAUUGUGCCGAACAACGUGAAUAUCUUCGACGACUUCGUCAACGUUGUCUUGAAAUUCAACAAAAACGUGGUUGUCGAUUUCAUAUCGAUCCACCUGUUAAUCGUUUUGCAGACAUUCCUAUGGGCGAUCCAAAGUGGCGUAUAUGUGAUCCAGAAUCAUUGCCACCUGUCGUCGAUUAUACAGCCGAAGUUUGGCAACAUUUUAAUCGUUUUUAUUUCGAACCUGAACAAUCUGAUUUGUCUACUUUGUUCAAAGGUGUUUGUAUAUUCGUUAAUGGUUACACAAAUCCUAUUGCAUCACAUCUUCAUACUUUGAUGCUGUUCACUGGUGGUCAUUAUACGUUGAUUUUCGAUAGACAUCGUACAACACAUACGAUCGCUACAAUCUUGUCAUCGGCACAAAUGAAAUCUGAACGUACACGAAAUACAACUGUUCGACCGGAAUGGAUAAUCGAAUCACUACGUGCACGAAAACUAUUACCAUUACAUGAAUUUCUUGUUCAUCAAAAUUUGCAGGAUAUUCGUGGAACAUUCGCACGGAUUACUCGUCAAUUGGAACAACAACAGCAGCAACAGGAAGAAAAAGUGAAAAAAUAUCGAUCAUCAAAUCCAAUAAUUGGCAUUAAAAAUGGUUUGAUGAAUUUAACGUAUGAAACAUAUGAAGUUGAUUCAAAUGAAGAUUUUGAACCGAAUCUUUUAAAAUUAUUGAAUGAACUGGAUAAUGAUAAACAUAGUACGCCUAUUUCUAAACGUUCACGUACAUCGUCAUCGAUUGGUGAACCUGGACCAUCAACGUCAGUAGCUGAUCUACCGUGCCAAACACAGGCGAUGGUACCAUUGACAUUUAAUACAUCGGAUUAUAUGCCCGGUUCUACACAGGAAUUGGAUUCAGGUUUACUAAAUGAAUUACCCGAUGACAUACGUAAAGAAGUCAUUGGUUAUGCUCGUAAUAAACAACAGCAAAACAAUCAACCUAAAACAACCAUCACAAAAAUAUCCAAUAAACCGGCGAAAACAGCUGUGAAAAAUUCAAAACCAACGAAAAAAGCUAUUGAAAAUGAUAAUGUAAAUCGUGCUAGCGAUCUUUUUUUUGGCCGUAUUGUUGGCAUGAAAGCUAACAUUUGUGGUAAAACUAACUUACAAGAUGUUGGCCUAUUAAUUGACGAAUGGAUCUGUACCACAACUGAAGAGCUGAAUGAUAUGGACAUUUUAUAUGUAAUUCGAUUUUUGCUUGAAUUAGCCGAUGAAAAACGUUAUGAUGAUCUUAUACAGAUAUUAUAUGAUAUGAAAGAAUGUAUUCAACAAAAUUGUAAUCCUGAACAACCAAGUUAUCAAGAAUGGCAAUUUUUUUUCACUGGUACAUUAUGUACGGUUCUUAUGCAAGAAUCAUCUAUACCCGAAGGAUUUUUAACCGAAUCAUUGUUUACAAUGAAAAAUUGAAAUUUUUUUAUUUUUUCAAAUUCUAAAAUAAAGCGCCCUCUGUGAUCAAAAGUUGA